AUGCCUGAGGAACCACUCCAAGAAUCUGAAAGGCUGGAAAUGGCUGCAAAAACCAUUCAGAGGGCCUGGAAAAACUUUCUUAAUGUUGCCAUAUUCCAGCAUUUUAAAAGUCUGAUUAACUUUAGAAGACAAGGAGAACCACAUCAGAUAAUGAGGUACAUUAACCCUAAAGAGGCAGAGUUCCUAGAUACUGCUGCUGGUGUUCAAGUCCGAUUCAGAUUGGGUGGGGAUACAUUUCCACCCCAGAUAUACUAUAAAAUUUUUACUCACAGACAUAUUGAAGAUCUGUGUGCCAACAGCCCUAAAGACUACACAAAGCUUCCAUCAAGAUACACAUCUCAUAAUAAAGACGAUCCACCCGAGGUUGAGAACCGAAGUGGCUGGUAUCGCCGGGUAGAGAACAAUGGAUGGAGGCCUGUUGCUUAUAGAUUUUGGAUGCCAGCUGAAAGUGAAAUGUUGGAAAGCACAAAGGAAAGCGAAUUUCAUUUCUCUAAACUGAAGAGAAAGCAAGAUAUUGAAAAGAAAAGAAAAAUUAAAAAAAUUGAAUGGAUGAGGCAAAUGUACUAUAUGGGAAGCCUGGAGGCAAAGCCCACCAAUCAGGAAACUCUAGGCCUAAUUCAUAAAGCAACAAAAGGACUAAUCAAGAGUUUUGAAGAUGGUGGGGUAGAUUCUGUGAUGGAAUGGGAAGUGGAUGAAGUGCUGAAGUGGACAAAUACACUCAACUUUGAGGAGUAUAUUGCUAAUUGGAAAGAAACUGCCACAAGCAACUCUUCAGCUACGUUAAAACAUGUCAAGCUUGAGCAAAUACAGAAAGGCCUACACAACACCUAUGAACCUAAAUCCGCAGAGCCAUUAUUGGAUGAAACUUUUGAGAGUGAUCGCAAUGUAAGAUCACCGCUCAUUACCUUAACUCCUGAUACCACGUAUGGAAUGUAA